GCGAGUGUACGAGGAGUGCGUUUGGUAACUGCGAGUCUAAAUGGCGGAUGCGGAGAAGAAGCCGUACCUGGAACAAUAACAUUUGAGUUCCUUGUGUAAAAACGGUGCGAGGCGGAUCUGCGUUAGUGACACAGCGCUUCUGGGUGAAGGAGAGGCCGCGCACAUGAAGCUAGGCGUUAGUUACGAGUUUCGGAUUUGUCAGAUUUGAGUGAGAGAGGCUUUGCAGCGAUCUUGCUAAUAGCUAAUUUCAACGGGUGUUUUUUUGGAGCACGGGAAAAAGAAGCUCACUCUCUUCAUGGUGGUUUUAUGAAUAUGGGCGACUCUCUGGGUCUGAUCGGGAAAAGACUGCUUCUCCUUCUGAACGACGGCGGAGGAGGGGGAGGAGGAUGUGCUGCUGGUACAGCUAGCGCUGCUAAUCAGAGCGCCGUGCAGGCGGAAUGGCUCCGGGGGACCGUCCGGGCAGUCAGCGUCACCGGGCUGGCGAGUCCCGGGGUUGAGCUUCUGCUAAGAGGAUGUCAGUAUCAGGUGUUCCUGGAGUUUGAGGACAACCCAUGGAGGCAGCGCUCCUGGGUGCAACUGUACGGCGAAGAAGUCCGAGCCGCUAUGUUGGAAAAAAACAUCAUGUGGGCUCCCGUAAGCGACUCGUCCGUUCCCGCAGCCGGAGGAACGUCUCCUAGUCACUGGCCCGCCCUGAUGUUUCAACCGCUCGUGGACCGUGUAGGACUGGGACCCACGGUUCCUGUUGUGUUUUUCGGAACAAGAAAGCUGGAGUUUCUCUCCGGUGGAAGUUCACUGCAGAGAUUUGAGGUUGAGAAAGAUAUGAGGCAUCCACUCCUGCAGGAGCAUCCAGCACUCCAGACGGCCAUCGGCAGCUGGCACAGAGACGCCGAGCUACAGGAUAUAUUAAAACAAGGGACGUUCACGAUCCAGGGCCGAAGGGUGCAGGUGUACCAGCCGGAGUUUGAAGACCCAUGGGCGCAGGGGCUUGUGUCUCAACACGAUCCUGUCAAGCACAUUAUGGAGAUAACCAUGGACCAGAGAAAAGAGACAGAGGUAGUUGAUCCACGGGUCAUUCAUGUGAUGCUCGCUGUGGAGCCGAAAGAUGAGGAUCGACGAAGAAAAGAGUCAGACGGUGCAAAGGGUGAGUGCGGGCGCCGACGUCGGACAGCUUCCGAAGGAGACGAGGACGUGACCUUAAAGCGUUUCAAGGGAACGGGGGAGGUUGAGCCAAACGGGCAGAGCGACACCAGUCCUGUCACAGCGGACUCCGAGUCGGCGGACUAUUCCAAUCCCAGAUCUACUGGGGUCAUCAAGGAGAAUGGAAACCUCGGCCUGAGCCAAGAUAAAACGGCUUCUCUGACAUCCGCAUCAAUUCCCACAUCCACCUUGACUCCGCCGCCUCUGAAACCUGCUCCGUCUGCCUUCUCUACCACAUUUCCCUCUCUGGGUCAGAUGCCUAGUUUGGUGCCCGGAGCUCCUGCACCCAAGGUCGCUCCCACAACCCUGGGCCCUGAAAGGGAUGACGGAGUUCUUUCAGCCUUUCCCAGAUCUGCUCCUCUGAUAUCCCCAGGGCCUGUCACUAUCUCUUCUCCCUCACAGGACAACGCUCCCAGCAUUGUCCUUUCUGCAAACCCAGAACUUAACCAGCAAGUACCAGUUUGGGGGUCGCUCCCAGAAGCAAGCCAGACACCCAAGACGGCCACCCUCGCUGCUGUAGUAGUCAGUCCUUCCCAGCCUAAGCAGCCCAGCGGCGCUGUUUUUGGUGAUGUGCCUGCUCAGACAAACGGAGCUUCCCAGGAGAACAAGGAACCGUUUGGAUUUUAUUUUAAUAAACCGCAAGAACCUCAACAGCAGGCAUCUGAUCAGUCACAGAACUUAUUCUUUCAGUGUAUGUCGCAAAGGCAGUCUCCGAGCCCAGGUAUCACUCAAGGCCAGUCAAAGGACACUAACUACUUCACAGCCUUGGCGAAAAACGUCAAGGAGCCACCAAGCCUUUUCAAGCCUGCCGCUGCUUCUGAUGGUCUAAAAAAGGCUGUUGUUGCCUCUGCGUCUGCAGGACUGUUUGGAUCUGCACCAGCUGGUGCCCUGGCAUCUGUGAAAGAGCAGCCCAAAGUGCCUGAUAUCAAGCCAGCAGGUAAUGGAAUUCUCAUAAACAAGUCUUUCGGAGUGGGAGGAGACACACUGGGUAAAUUGUCCCCUGGUUUUCCAUCAGCUGGUAGCAGCAGCAGCAGCCCUGUUUUAGGUUCAGGGGACAUUUCGAAACCUGCCUUAGGGCUCGGGAAUCCCCUGGGUAUGGGCUCAUCUGCACUGAAUAACCCUGGUGCUGGGUUGAGAAAUGCUACAAGUGCUAGCCCUGCUAGUGGAUUUGGUCUGCUUGCAGGCGGCAAAGGUUCAGAAUCUCAUGAGAACCUCUUCCUGGCAGCCUCGAAAGAGGCUAAUUCAUUUCUCGCUUAUACCGGAGCAGUUUCGAAUAGUCCGUUUAGUGGGGUGACCACUCCGAACCCGUCCUUAACAGCGUCUGCUACUCAGCCUUCAGGCAGCACCGGCAUUCCUAACCAAAAUCCACCUGCCCCUGAUGGCCAGUCGAAUUUAUUCACCAUGGUCGAGCCUCCCAAAGGAAUCCUAUCUUCCCAGUUCGCUAGCUCUUCUUCUUCUUCUUCUUCUUCCUCCUCUUCUUCCGCAUCUUUUAUGUCGCAGCUUAAAGAGAACCAAGUGCUCAAGCAUAAUAUUGAUAAUAAUAAUAAAGAGGCCGCCAAUGGCGGGACCGGAGCCUUAGUCGACUCUGACGGCGUGGUCGCAGAGGGUCAAGCAUCCCCCGUGCCCUUUGACCAGGUGUCGCAGAAGUUCUCUCUGGAUGAGCGCGGUCAAUCGAGCAAACGGGACUCGGAUUCCAGCUCGAACAGCGACCUGUCUGACUUGAGCGAGGCUGAAGACGCUACGGAUCAAACCCAAAAGCCUGGCAUGCACUCGGGAUCUACGGAUGCGGCCGACAUACAGAUGAUCAAAGCCCAGGUGGCUAAGAGCAGACCCAGGAGCAAACCUUUUAAAGCUGGUCAGUCAGUACUGAAGGACCAGAGUAAGGUGCGACGUCUUAAACAGUCCGGUGAAGCCUUCCUGCAGGAUGGAUCCUGCAUAAACGUUGCUCCGCACCUGCACAAGUGCAGAGAGUGUCGUCUCGAGCGUUACCGUAAGUCCCGUGAGCAGGAUUUGGAGGAUGAUGACCCCAACGUGGCCUGUCGCUUCUUCCACUUCCGUAGGCUAGCGUUCACGAAGAAGGGAGUGCUACGCGUGGAAGGUUUCCUGACGCCGCAGCAGAGUGACAGCAUGGCCAUGGGAUUAUGGCUGCCUUCCCCAAAUGCACAGGAUGCCCUCGACCUGGACACAUCCAAGUACAUCCUGGCCAACGUAGGCGACCAGUUCUGCCAGCUUGUCAUGUCCGAGAAAGAGGCCAUGAUGAUGGUGGAACCUCACCAGAAGGUGGCCUGGAAGCGGGCAGUCAGGGGUGUGAGGGAGAUGUGUGACGUCUGCGAGACGACGCUCUUUAACAUCCACUGGGUGUGUCGCAAAUGUGGCUUCGGCGUGUGCCUAGAUUGUUAUCGCCUACGGAAGAGCCAGCCUCGAGACGCUGUGGACGAAGGCCCAGAAGAUGAAGUCUUCUCCUGGCUAAAGUGUGCGAAAGGCCAGCCUCAUGACCCCCAGAACCUCAUGCCCACCCAGAUUAUACCUGGCACAGCACUGUACAAUAUUGGGGACAUGGUACACGCGGCACGAGGCAAGUGGGGAAUUAAAGCUAACUGUCCCUGUGCCAGCCGGCACAGCAAACCUGCAGCGCGGCCCAGUGCGCCCAACGGCCUUGCACAAUCAGGUACAGCCUCUAACCCAGGAAACGGGACCGCAUCUACUUCAACGACACCUCGUCCAGACGGGGAUCCUGUGACAGCUGUGACAGUGAAAGUGGAACCCGGUACAGAGGGAAACAGUGCUGAUGUGUCUGGCACCAGCAGUGCUAACAGCAGCACACCCGGGCCUGCCAAUGCCCUUACUCCUGGUUCUAAAGAUAUCAAGGGUAACUCCUCCUCUGCUCUGCACUGGCUGGCUGACCUGGCCACACAGAAGGCUAAAGACGACUCUAAAGACUCUGGCUCCCUCCGAGCCAUGAUGAGUCGCGAUACUCGUUCUCCCUUCGGUCUGGACGCCUUCAACACUCUAUCCAAACCAGCAGGCACCACUCCUAAGCUCUUCAACAGCCUACUGCUGGGUUCCGGGCUGACCCAGCCCAAAGCCGAGGGCACCAGCCUGCGGGAUCUGCUCAACUCCGGGCCAGGCAAACUUCCCCAGGCUCCCGAGGGUGGAGUCCCCUUCCCGUCAGUAUUCUCCUCCUCAGCCGGGGCUGAUAAAGCGAAGGGAGGUCUACCUGCCAUCCUCGACCACAUCAUCGCAUCCGUGGUGGAAAACAAGAAGGCAGAGGGUCGCCGCAUCUCCGGCUCAACAGAGAGCAGCGAUUCGGGCAGCGUUGCGCGUAGAGAAGGCGUGAUGGGCCUGAGCGUGCUCGACCCCCACAACUCUCACACGUGGCUGUGCGAUGGCCGUCUCCUUUGCCUGCAGGACCCUAGCAACAGCAACAACUGGAAGAUCUUCCGCGAGUGCUGGAAACAGGGCCAGCCGGUGUUGGUGUCAGGCGUCCACAAGAAGCUUAACAGUUCUCUGUGGAUACCGGAUGCUUUCAGUAGCGAGUUCGGAGAUCAGGACGUAGACCUGGUCAACUGCAGAAACUGCGCAAUCAUCUCUGACGUCAAGGUCCGGGACUUUUGGGACGGCUUCCAGGUCAUCUCCAAACGGUUGCGAGGUCUUGACGGGCAGGCGAUGGUACUGAAACUCAAAGACUGGCCACCCGGAGAAGAUUUCCGAGACAUGAUGCCUACACGGUUUGAUGACCUUAUGGAUAAUCUUCCUCUACCUGAGUAUACAAAGAGAAACGGACGACUGAACUUGGCAUCUCGUCUUCCUAACUUCUUUGUGCGGCCAGAUCUGGGCCCCAAGAUGUACAAUGCCUACGGUCUGUUAUCAACAGAGGACAGGAAGUACGGCACCACCAACCUGCAUCUGGACGUGUCCGAUGCUGUUAACGUGAUGGUCUACGUGGGGAUACCCGAGGGAGAGGAUAAUCACGAAAAGGAAGCAGACCCCGCUGGAUAUAAAGAGGUGUCGAUGACCAUCGAGGAGGGCGACGUGGACGAGAUGACGAAGAGGAGGGUGUACGAGGCCAAGGAGAAGCCGGGAGCGCUCUGGCACAUCUACGCCGCAAAAGACGCAGAGAAAAUCCGUGAGCUCCUACGCAAGGUGGGAGAGGAGCAGGGCCAGGAGAACCCUCCAGACCACGACCCCAUCCACGACCAGAGCUGGUAUCUGGACCAGGUGUUGCGCCGGCGCCUGUACGAAGAGUACGGAGUUCAGGGCUGGUCCAUCAUCCAGUUCCUGGGGGAUGCCGUAUUUAUUCCAGCUGGAGCGCCUCAUCAGGUGCACAACCUGUACAGCUGUAUUAAGGUAGCGGAGGAUUUCGUCUCACCCGAGCACGUGAAACACUGCUUCAGACUGACGCAGGAGUUCCGGCAUCUUUCCACCACACACACUAACCACGAGGACAAGCUACAGGUGAAGAACAUCAUCUACCACGCUGUGAAGGACGCAGUGGGAACACUGAAAGCUCACGAGAUGAAGCUGGCCCGUUCAUAGUUCCACUUGCAGAGAGACUGUGUUAAUGGGCACUUAAAAUGAGUUUGUCGAGUGCCGUGUGCUCACAGAACACGCUCUGAAUUUGAGUCGUCUGUCAGCUUCGGCCUAGGAUGAAGGACGCACUUCAUCAGUGUUACAAACACCAUUUUUAUUUGUUUUGUUUUGUUUUUUACGACUCUGUUCAUUUUUCUCUGUAUCUAAAAUGUGUCUGUUUGUUAUUCUAAAUGUGGAACAUUUGUCAGACUGUUUAUUAAGAAGCCGAAGGAUCUUAAAAAAAAAAAAAAAAAAAACGGAUCAGCUUCUCCUGAGUAAAUGUGAGCACUGGGUUUAUUAUUUUUUUUCAGCUCUGUGUGAAAGAGGUAAAAGGAUGUCUAAAAAAAGAAAAAAAAAUAUGGUUGAGGUGGACAUAAGUUUUUGAAUGGAACUAGACCAAAGUUUUGUAUUUUUAGUUUAUAAUUUCAACUAAAAUAAAAUCAUCUUGGUCUUAUUUCCUUUUUUUAUAGGCCUUUAGGCAAUUUUGAUUCACUGAUGAACGCUAGGCUGGCAUUAAGAAAUGUUUGUUGAAAUAUUAAGAAUUCCAGUUAUAAAUUGCUGGUCAUUAAUAUGUAUCAAUAUGUAUUGAUCUUAGCUGUGUGUAUGAUUUUUCCAAAAUAAAGUUUACAAAAAAAAGUUGA